GGGUCCCUCUGCUUCUUGAAGACGGGCGUCCGCGAUGGCCCCAACAAGGGGAAGAGCUUCUACGUGUGCGGCGCGCAGGGCUCCGCGGCCUGCGGUUUCGUCCUCCCGGCGCCUAUUCCUGUUUCUCACUGCUUGAUCCAUGAGGGGUGCGUGGUGGAGCUGCAAGUCCUGGUUCAGGUUCAGGACACAGAUGAAUACCAGUUGUUCUACAGAUGCCUUAAAAGUAAGCUGAAUGGGAAGAAGUGGUGUGGAAGCAUCCCAUGGCAGGAUCCAAAAGCUACCAAAGUGUCAAAAGCCGUAGAAUCCCACCCCAGCACAGUACCUCUCUUCAAUCCCAGUGGGCAAAGAAAUCCUUUCAAAGUGAUAGACAAGAAUUGUGAACCAUCAUCCUGGAAACAAAUGAAGCAAGGAAACAGAGAGGAAAGUAAAGCAAAUGGAGUAAAAGCAGAGAAAGAAAGCAUGCUGGUAUCACAUAAAGAAAAGAAAUCAACCUCUGAUUCCUGCAUAGAGAAAGAACCUCUAGAAGGGCUGAAAACCGAAAAGCAGGCCAAGGGAAAUGGGAGUGAUCUACAGCGUAAGGAGAACAUAGUGUCUGAAUCUAAACUUGAUCUUUCUGAGGCUUGGAAAAACACCAUUUUGGAGGAAGAGAAAUAUGAUGGUGGUGGCAGGGAAUCCAGGAGAUCUUCAGAGUGUGUGGAGAAAGAGCCAGGUGGGAGAUCAAAGCCUCUUCCACUAAGUCUUGGAAAGCAAAGCACAACCACCAAACCUCCAGAGGAGGAGCAGCUUGGAGAGGAAAGCUUAAAAAGCUGUGGGGAUAAAGAAACCAGGGAGAAAGAAUAUGUUAGUUGGAAGAAUGGAGAAAUGAAACCUAUGUCUGAAGAUGUGAUUUCCGGAGCAUUACCACAGCUGGCAUUGCAACAUGCUGCCCUGAAGUCAGGAGCAGAGGCACACAUCAGGCCAGGGCUGGGACAGUCUACUGAUCAAGUCUCUGGCAGUGACAGUGAUGAUGUAGAUUAUUUUUAUUCCUCAUUAAGUAAAAGUAAACCUGAGAAAUCAGUUGUGGGUUUGCAGUCAAGAGAGAUUCCUUCAGGAAAAUCAGCAAAGAGUGUAGAGGGGACAGCUUUGCCAGGAGCUGCAGCAUCGCAUGAUGUGAAAGGGCCUCAGGACCCUAAAGCUCUUCACAACCAUCUUGUAGUCCAGCUGAAGCAGAAGAAGAGUACAUUGGCUACGGUGAACAUUCAGCUGCUACCAGAUAAAGGGGAACGGUUAUUAAAGCAAGUGCAGGAUUUGGAAGCUGCACUUAGUGCUCUUAAUGUUUCAACAGCAGGUACUACUGAAAAAGGGGAGGAUAGCAUAAGCAGCAGCUGCCGUGAGGAAUCUUUGCCUAACCCGUUUGGCAGGCCAGGUGGUACGAAGUUGAUAACACCGCUACCGCUUCAGGAUCCUACAGCAAGGACCCCUUCAGGCUCCCAGAGUCACCCCUCUGCUGCUGCUUUGGGUUCCAGUGAAUAUUACAGCCACAGUUUUGGAAUGAACUCUGGUGCGCAAAAUCUGUAUGGAGGAAGAAUGACAGAAGACAGAAUCAGGGCUGUACGCAGUGCCAUAAGUGAAGCUGUUAAUAAUCUUCACAAAUCUUUAGACUCUUGUCCAAGAGAGCAGACAGCAGCUGAAGAUCCCUCUGGAUUGAAG